AUGUCCUAUUCCCAUAUUGGAUACUUCCGCUUCGAACAGAAGCCUGGCGUGACAUACGACCGACCAUCGUUCAAGCCUGUGGAGGAUGCCUUCGGCGAUCGCUUCAAGUCUGCAUCCAUCAGCGGCACAACAAUGACCGUGGAGGUCUACAUGAAGGACAAGUACUAUGACUCCACACGAAACGAGGUGUAUGAUGCCUUGGAGGCCAUGAAGAUGAAUGCUUAUUUCGACCCCACCGACAACAUGGUGUUCGAGACAAGCGGAGACAAGUUUGUCACUCACUGGCACAAUGGCAGUGGCCGGAUGCAGGAAUGCACCAACUGCAGCAAGAGCCGUUACUGCUCAAACCGCAAGUGA